AUGGCUGGAAACUUUUCAGAGCAGAUCUUAGUCGACCAUUGGGCACACCGUCUAGAGAACCGGGUCCUGCAGCCAAACGAGGGUAUCAUUGAGCACUUAGUCCAGAUGGAAGAAAUCCUUGACGAUGUACCUCCAAGUUAUCGAUUUUGGCCUGACUUGGUUCAGCUUCAGAUUAACAUGAUGGUCGGCGUUUUGGAGGGAGACCUGCAAGAUUUCACUGAUUGGGUACGGCAGGGGGACCAGUUCCCUGAAUUUCAACUUUAUUGUGCACAGAUUCGUGAGCUUUUUGUAGAGUUAUACGAACUGGUACUAGCAGAUGAGCCCAAUGAAGAGUUGGAGGACCCACUUGAAGAGAAAGAAGAAGAAGGUAUGGAAAACUCGAUUGAGCCAAGAGAAGUAGAAGAGAUGGAAGAUCCAAUUGAAGCAGGAAAAGAAGAUGACAUACCCAUAUUCUGGGCUGAAGAUGACCAUCUCGAGUUCGAUGACACCGAUUCUGAAGACGAGGAAGAGACUGAAGUGAUGAUGAACAAUCCCAAGGCACCCCCAUACGAAUCUGAGGAUGAGAAGAAUGGGAAGCUUGGCGCCGACCCCAGCGAAGGGGAAUUUUGGAUCGACCAAACAGAGAAGCUACUGGACCACCUGCACUGCAGAGAAGAAGAGAAGGUCAAUUGUGCCACCUUCAUGCUGCAAGAUGAAGCAGAUAGGUGGUGGAAGGGAGUCAAGAGGGCAAUGACCCCUCGGGCCAGGGCGCCCUACAUCACUUGGGAGCGAUUCAAGGAACUCUUCAAUGAGAAGUACUUUCCCUUGAAUUUAAGACUGAAGAAAGAGAGAGAAUUCAUGGAGCUAAAGAAAACCAGGGACAUGUAUGUCGCCCAGUACAAGGACGUUUUCAGCCGAUUAAUCAGGUACAUGCCUAUUUACGAAGAUGACGAAAGAAUCAAAGCCCAGAAGUUUUUGGGAGGGCUGAAUCUGAAGAUUCAGAGGGCAUUGAGUAGUAUAAGUAUUCAAUCCUAUUCAGAAGUGGUGUUGCAAGUCUUUACCACUGAGGCUAACCUAAGCCGAAUUGAAGCUAUUCAAGGAGAAAGUCAGCAAGGGAGAAAUCAUAAAGCAGGCAAGAAGCUGGAACUCCAAAGAUUGAAGUUCAAGCCUGGCACUCCGUGCCAAAGAUGCCAGAAGCAACACCAUGGGAAGCCGUGCCGAUUUGGAACAAAAGGUUGUUACAACUGUGGAGAAAUGGGACAUCUCAACCAGAACUGCCCAAAGAGAGGGAUCACUUGUUUCAACUGCCAGCAGAUUGGUCAUUUUGCAAAGAACUGUCCUAAGCCGCGACUGACGAAUCAAUCUCAAGGGACGAUCGGAAAUGGUAGAGUGCAGCAGGGAAGGGUGUUUCAUCUGACACGACAAGAUACAAUAGAAAACCCAGCUGUAAUUGAAGGUACCAUGUUAUUAUCUUGUAUCCCCAUGCAUGCAUUAAUAGAUUCAGGUGCAAGUCACUCAUUCAUUUCGCAUGCAUUUGCUAAAGUACUAGGAGAUAAACCAGAAAAUCUGAAUUAUUGUAUGAUUGUCGCAACCCCAAUGGGGAAGUCUCUAGAAACUUCUUCAGGAUACAAGAAUAGGAAGAUCCAAAUAAAAGAAGUUGAAUUCCUAGUGGAUCUAAUCCUCCUGGAAUUUCAAGAUUUUGACGUGAUCCUAGGAAUGGACUUCCUAACCAAAUAUGACGCGACAUUGGACUGUAAAGCUAAGACAGUCUGUCUCAGGAGCAAAGACUCGAACAUCAAGUUUCGAGGGCAAUGGAGGGCAAGUGAACGGAAGUGGAUCUCGGCUCUAAAGGCUGAGAAACUAUUACGACAAGGAGCACGAGGAUACUUAUCUUGUGUCCAAGAGAAAGGCCAGGAGCCGUUAAAGAUCGAGGAGGUACGAAUCGUUAGAGAAUUCGAGAAUGUGUUUCUCGACGAAUUGCUCGGAUUGCCACCCCAGGGAGAGAUCGAGUUUGCAAUAGAAAUCGUGCCAGGGGCAGGUCCGGUUUCAAUACCCCAGUAUAAAAUGGCCCCUGUCGAGUUAAGAGAACUAAAUACCCAAUUACAAGAUUUGCUGGACAAGGGAUUCAUUAGGCCAAGUAUGUCUCCAUGGGGAGCACCAGUACUCUUUGUUAAGAAAAAGGAUGGGAGCCUGAUGAUGUGUAUCGACUACCGCCAGUUAAACAAGAUAACGAUCAAGAAUAAGUAUCCACUCCCUAGAAUCAAGGAGUUGUUUGAUCAGUUACAAGGAGCCAAGGUCUUCUCGAAAAUCAAUUUGAGAUCAGGGUACUACCAACUGAGUAUCAAGGCAGAAGAUGUACCCAAGACAACUUUUCGUUCUCGAUACGGGCACUACGAAUUUCUAGUGAUGCCGUUCGGACUGACCAACGCCCCAGUAGUUUUUAUGGAUACUAUGAAUCGAGUCUUCAGACCAUUCUUGGAUAAAUUUGUGAUCGUGUUUAUAGACGACAUAUUGAUAUACUCUCCCUCAGAAGAAGAGCAUGAAUCACAUUUAAGGGUGGCAUUUUUAGGGCACGUUAUAUCGGCUGAAGGAAUAUCGGUCGACCCGACCAAGAUAACCGCUGUGGUAAAUUGGAAGCAAUCUCGGUCAGUUACUGAAAUUAAGAGCUUCUUGGGAUUAGCCGGCUACUAUAGGAAGUUCGUGGAAGGGUUUUCCAAGAUUGCAACACCCCUCACCAAGUUAACUCAGAAAGGGGUAAAGUUCGACUGA